UAACUGUUGGUUGCUAUUGGUUGACUCGUUUAUUUGCAGAAAAUGUCCGAAACCAAUACAGAGAAUCGAAGUAAGUUGAAGUGUCCACACACUGAUGGCAGAACACCUUUUGCUCUAAUUCACGAGGAAAAAAAGAAGGAAGUCUCUGAUACUUCAGAUACUCUGUCAAGUAAGGACAUCUUUGUGGCUACAAGAAAAACAAAACUUGGCCGAGUAUACAAAAGCUCAUAUGACAAUACGAUUAGUAAAAUUGCUGAAAUGGAGAGAAUACAAUCAACUCAGGAAAGUGAAGAUGACAGUCAUUCAGUUGACGCUUUUGCUUCAGUCAUGGGACAUGAACAUCUAGGUCGCGUGAGAUUGUAUGGACAAGGACUUUGUUAAAAGGGCAAAAAGGGAAUCUUGGAUCUUCUUUAGAUGCUGAUGAGAGGAUGCAUCAGAAAAUAGAGGAAAUGGAAGAGAAGAUGCAAUAAAGAAUGCAUGAAAAGUUAAACGAACAAAAGGAUGCUAUGGAACAAAAUAUUACAAUGAACGUCAUCACACGACUUUAGCAUUUGAACCCAGAUUUGUGACUUGAUCCUGACAUGUUAAGGCCCAGUGUACGUUCACCUGUAGAUGCUUCCUCUGCACAACAAGCUACUGUUAUACAUACCAAAUGUUAACAAUCAAGGUCAAUACGUACCAAAUGUUAUACAUCUUCUUCUAUUUCUUCUUAGAGCUUUAGUAGGACUGGUAUCACUUGUACAUCUUUCAUCUCUACUAUUAACCUCCAAAGUUUCAAUCUUUCUGGUGAAAUCUCACCUUCUAUAUGUCAA